AUGGCUUCAAUUAUCAGACCAUCAAUGCUUAGGCAGACUUGCCUCGCCGCGUCGAAACGUAAUUUAUCUACAAAGGUCUCUUCCGGUUUCCCCGCAAUCAACAAGCCCGCCGGACGCAGCGCUUUUGUAAGAGAUGCAUUGCCAGGUUCAAUGCGUGUAGCGGCUUUCCAUGCAAGUAGCAGACAAUCAAUUCUGCCUCCAUUACCUCAAUCUAUUGAUGGGACUUCAAACGAUGCAGCACCCGUACCUAAGCCGUCCCCAUCCCACGGCUCAUACCAUUGGACAUUCGAACGUUCCAUCGCCGUCGGUCUCAUUCCUCUCACAAUCGCCCCCUUCGUUGCUGGAACAUUGAAUCCAACCACCGAUGCUAUCUUCUGCGCGGCGAUUCUCAUCCACUCACAUAUCGGGUUCGAGUCGUGUGUCAUCGACUACAUCCCGCUGAAAAGAUUACCAAAGACUAGAGCGUUAUUUUGGUGGGGCUUGAGGGCAGCAACAGUUUUGGUUGGAGUUGGAUUAUACGAGUUCGAAACAAAUGAUGUGGGAGUUACGGAGGGUAUUAAGAGAAUUUGGCGCGCAUAG